AUCUGGUAAACUGAGCACAGGCAAAGUUGACGUUGAGGGACAGAUCACUGAGUCCAUCCAGGGAUUUGUGAUGACUUGUAUUUAAGUAGAAACCACUCCAGAUGAAUGCUUUUGGGAAGACUUCGGCUUUGGGAUUUCUGAUCUCCAUCACUAUUCUGGUGCCUGAUUCAAGUUGUUCAAGUAAGGGAAAGGUGCAGGAACCAGGGGGUUAUCAGCCGCCUGAGCCAUGGGAUUAUCAGGUGCAGGAGCCAUUGGAUGAUCAGCUGCAGGUGCCACUGGAUGAUCAGCUGCAGGAACCACUUUUCUCAUAUGUUAAUAUUACGAUAUCUGUGCAGAUGGGUACAAAGACUCUGCUGCUCUGCCCUCCUGUUCCACCAACAAAAGCAGUAGUAAUAACAUGGGUAAUAACCCUUAGAGGCCAGCCUCCAUGUAAAAUAUCCUACAGAGUAGAAACCAAGGAGACCAGUGAAACCAACUGUACAGACAGGAGAAUCACCUGGGCCUCCACACCUGACCAGAGUCCUGACCUCCAGAUCAAUGCAGUGGCCCUCAAUCAUGAUGGGCAUUACUCAUGUGAGAUCGAAACACCUGGUGGGAAUUCCUAUGAAAGAUGGGACCUCCAAGUGCUAGUCCCUCCUGCAGUAACCCUGUUUCCAGGAGAGAAUAGAACUGCAGUUUGUGAGGCAACUGCAGGCAAGCCGCCUGCUCAGAUCUCCUGGACUCCAGAAGGGUACUGCAAAACAAAGAAUGAAUCACACAGCAAUGGCACUGUGACUGUCAGGAGCACAUGCCAGUGGGAUCAUAAGAAAGUGCAUGCUGUGCUCUGCUCUGUCACCCAUUCGACUGGCAACAAGAUUCUAUCCAUACAACUGAACCAAGGUGUCACCAGCCCUCUGCAUUCCUUGCUGACCAUUCUCUAUGUGAAACUUUCCCUUUUGGGGAUCAUUUUGCUCAUCAUGGGAUUUGCUUUCUUCCAGAAGAGAAAUUACUUCAGAAAAUGAAAAUCCAGAUUUCUGAAGCCUAUUGGUCUGGUGACAAAAUACAAGAAAACAGCCAUUUGCAGUCACCUUUCUAGUUGAUACCCAGCAUACCUGUUCCUGAUGUCUCCAUGUUUGCUACAAGUCCUGUGACAGCUGGCCGUCAUGCAGUAUGAAUACACAGGCAAAAGCUUGGUGCUUACUAUCACAUGUACUAUUAAUGACCAUAUACUCUCUCUUGUCUCUGUUUCUCAGGCCAAAGAGGAUGGCUUAGCAAAAGAUGAACAACAGUGCUGGAUGGAUUUCUUCCACCCAAGUCCUCCAGGAAUGGCUUCCAUCAAUUUCCUCUUUGUUUGUUCAUUUUAAAUGAUCAUAACUGUUUCACUGUCAGGUGCCGUGAGAAGAAACACCUUCAAGUUAGCCACUAGCUGGCCUUCUUUUCUUGCUUGCUUUUUGAUAGUUAUCUUUUGUAUUAAUCAUUGAACACAUGGCUAGGAGCCAUUUUUUUUUUAGCAGUAUCUCUGUGCUUUAGUAGAAAUUAAAAGUUGAGCACAGAGAAGGCACUGCCAGUGUCAUGGAGGUAACAUUGAAAUCCCCUUACUGUUUAGAACCCCAGUGUCCCAAUUCUCUUUGCUGUCUGCUGUGAUGCAUCCAUCACAGGGGAUGGGAUGGAUCAGGGAGGGUAAGGGUAAGACACUGGUGAACCCUAAUAACUGGAAACCUUUGCUUCACUUGAUACAGACAGCAAUCCUAUAAUUAUAUAUAUAUAUAUAGAUAUAUAAAAUAUAUAAUAAUAUAUUAUAUAUAUGAUAUAUAAUAAUAUAUAUAUUAGGUAAAAGAAUUACUUCUUGACUACAGUGACAAGUGAUUAGCUAUUCGUUUUGUUUUUAGUAAAAGUUUAGAGAAAAAAAAUGAGUAUGUUAUAGUAGAGGAUGCUUGGAUGGUUACCUCAAGUGGUUCUUUAAAAGUUUGUGUCUUGUCUAUUUCACAGUCUAGCGUAGUUGAUCAGGCCAGCCAGAGGAUAGAGGGGUUUUUCUUUAAGCUAUUGUUUUAUUCUACAAUUUAUUCUCGGUGGGGGCCCACAGAGACUCCAUAAUGAGGCCCUGUUCCAUCUUGACUCAGGGUCAGAGAGUCCCAUUUGCUUUGUUCCACAUGGCUGCAUAAUAGGAUGUUUUGGCCAAAGCCUUGGUUACCAGGUGUCUUAUACUUCAAGACCUAAUUACAAGAUGUUUCACUGUAAGGAAUGGUUACCAGGUGUUUUGGAAAUUAAGGAAGGGUCUACACUUGUUUGUACUUUUUACUUGACCUUGAAAGAGGGAGGUCUUUCACCUCUCCUCUUUCAGGUGUAUAAAAAGCUCACUAGGAAUAAAAUGGAGGUGACUGUGGUAUUGACCCAGAUUUCUCCCGCUGCUUUUCUGUGUCUCUAUCUUUUUAUUUUACAUCUACAUCUCUAUUUUUCAUAUCUUUAUUUCUCAAUCCUCACUCCUCCCUUUAAGGACAGUUUGAUAGUCAGACUGGGCCACGACAAUUCUCUGAGUAGUUUCUAUUCAGCAGGUGACUAGGGAGAGGGAAAGAUUGCAUGUGCAAUACUUUAUUAGUCAGUUCUGGAGUAGUAAGCACACCUACUCAGAUGCCAUGCCUAGAACUCAGUCAUAUGACCACACUAAGUUGUAGGAAGCCUACAUAGUGUAGGUGGUUAACUUGAAGAGAAAGAAUGAGGCUUGGUGCACACUUAGAAUUCUCUGCACACAAUAAAGAGAAGGAAGAGUGCUAAUAUCAAGAUUAAUGCCUGCUUUAAUAGUAGGAAAUCACCAUGUGUCAAGCAAUAAAUCCACUCAUAAUUGUCACUCAAAUACAUGUAAGGUAUGAGCUCUUUUAUUAUAAUGUUUUCAUGUUUAAGUCAGGACAUAAAGGGGGAAGAGAUCUAGCACUAUAAUUCUCUAACAGACUAGGAAAUACAGGGGCAAAGAUUGCAUGUAGCUCGGUUCAUUGUCUAUCUUCCCUGUUCUACUUGUGAUAGACAGUUCACUUCAUGAUUAAAUCUUCAUCCAACUUAGUCAUGUUUUUAGUAGAUCUUAAAGUUCUCUCCAUAAACAGAUCAUGGGCCCUCUUUAUUCACUCAAAAUAAUAUUCUCUGUCCAAUAAAAAGAUACAUAAAUGGCAGUUUGUCAAUUUUGAGUUGGGGUCUCAAAAGGUCCUGAGUGCUUCUACUACUUUUCACUCCUUGGGAAUAUGCAAGACCUAGCCUGCUGGAGGAUGAGAACAGAACACAGCUGAUUCAAGUCAGUCAAGCCUUGCAUCUCUCUCUUGAGGCCAGUAUAAGGAUCCAGGAGUCAGCUUUCUCUUGGACCCUAAGCAAGCUCAAUCAAGAUCAUGAGACAUGAGCCGGAGCUCAUCCUAGACAAAUGAACAAUCAUUGCCACAGAGUUCAUGUGGUUGCUUAUCAGGUAGCACAUUUGAGUGUUACCUAACUCAUACAUUGCUCCAUAACCUAACUCCAAUUUCAUAAGUAACUUACAUAUUGCUCAAUAACAUACCUCUGAUUUUGUCAGGACACACAUAGCUAACAGCCUCUUUCAGUUUCCUUUGCAUCUGAGCCUGAUCAUUAGCUCUGACAAAUGAGAUGUGUGAUGUUUUCACGACAACUCCUUAAAGAAAAGGAAGGAUUUUCAUUUGCUUUCCAAGUUAUCUGUGGAACUGCAGUGCUGGUGUGACUCCUGGAGGUCCCAGAGCUACUUUAUCCAUGGAUAAUGCUGAGGAAGGAAGCUACCAAUUAAGUGAAAAAACAGAAAAAUGGAAAGACUUGAUCUUGAUGACCAUUGAUUUACCCAACCAGCUCUCAGUCAUCCAUUUGUUGUUUUGU